AUGUUCUCUACUCAGAUCGAGGCCGGACCAUCUACUCCCACUGCACGCUCGAGAUAUACAGUUGGACAACGAUAUUUGCAUUGCAAAACAUUACAUCCAUUAACAUUACGAUAUAUUGGACCAUUACCACCGUCUCCCCCUUCCUCUUUCUCCUCCUCCGCCUCCUUCUCUGAUCAUGCAGGGAACGACACGAUAUGGCUAGGAGUGGAGUAUGACUCACCGAGUCAUGGGAAAGGUCAUAAUGGGACUUAUAAAGAUAUAAAAGUAUUUGAUACGAGAGAAAAUGGCAGUGGAUCUUUCGUUAAAUUAGUUGGGGAACCACUGAAAGAAGGGAGAGGUUUGAUUGAAAGUAUCCAAGAAAGAUAUGGGAGAAUCAUCAUCCCUUCCAACCAGAAUGAAACUCCAAAUACUCAAAAUCAACAUACCAAUUCCAGUGUCUAUGUGCAAAACGUGGAGAAGGAAAGUAUAAUCCUAGGAUCAACUAAGAUAAUAGUUGAAACUCCUAAUUUAUCAAAUGUUCAAGAACGUAUUGGUAGAUUAGAGAAAUUGCGAAAUAUCGGAUUUGAAGAGGAGUUUAUUGGAUCUUUGGGUGGUGAUGAUAAUGAUGAUGGGACAUUGAGAAAGGUUCUAAAGGAAAGGAUGAAAGGACUUAAAUGGUUGAAUAUAUCGAGAAAUCUAAUUUCAUCAUGGGAAGAAAUACGUGAUAUAGUAUACCAUUUUGAGGGAUUGGAAAUUCUUACUCUAAAUCACUCGAGAUUCGAGCCAUUAUCAUCCACGCACGAGCCAGACCAAUUACCCAAGUUCAAAAGCACCUUCAACAACAUACAAGAAUUACAUCUUUCCGAUUGUUGUUUGUCAUGGGAUGAAAUUUGUUUCAUCACUUUGCUAUUCCCAAAUAUCCGAAUCUUACAUCUGGAAGCUAAUCGAUUGUUAACAAAUCUGAAUCGACGUCUGGAGGGAUUAAGGGAGUUGAAGGAAUUGAGAUUGGGUGGAUGUCCAAUAUCCAAUUGGAAUGAAAUAGUCUCUUCUCUUAGUGAUCUACCCCAGCUUGAAAAUCUUGAUAUAUCAUUCACAUCAAUACGAUCUAUCAAUUCCUCAUCUUCAAGUGAUACGAAACAGUUCUCAAAUUUGAAAUCGAUAAUCAUGGUUGAAGCUCAAAUUCGACAUUGGAACGAUUUAGAUAAUCUAUCUGAUCAACUACCGAACUUGACCUCCAUACGAAUCACUAUUCCCACCUCCCCUAUGCCAAUAGAAUCAUUAUCAUUUCCAUCUGUGAAGUCAGAUUCAGUAGGAAAGGGGUUGUCCAUAACGAAAAAAGAAGAAGAGGAAGGGCAGAAUGAGAUACAGUUGGUUGACGAAAAAACAUUAAGACUCAUAUGUAUUUCCAAGUUCGGACGUUUGACUUCAUUCAAUUCUGGUACGAUAUCAUCAACCGAGCGCAGAGAUGCAGAGUUAUUUUAUAUCUCCUUUGUGAGAAAGUGGGUCAAGCGAAAUGGAGGUGACAAAGAAGAACGGGGUAGGUAUCAAGAGCUCUGUGGGAUUCACGGAGUAGGCACAGAAUCCAUAGACGAUGGAAGUGUGAGAAAGGGAAAAGGGGGAUUGAGAAGUAAGAUGAUCAAUCUGAAAAUUCAUACUUCCCUUAUGGAAAGCGACGAUAACAUCAAGGAAAUAUCGUUGUUGCCUUCAUCACCUCUAUCAUUGCUUCAACGGAAAGCAUCACGUUUACUCGGAUUGCCACAAGUGCAAUCUAGUGCACUCCAAGUAUGGAGCUUAAACCUUGUUGAAGGUCAGGAAGUAGAUGGAAUCGCGAUCAGCGCUGGAGAGCAAAAGAAGUGGGAGAAAGUCAUCAAAGUCACAAAUCCAUGGGAAGAUAAACAGAUUGGAUGGUGGUUUGAAAAUGAUGAUGAUAUCUACGUUGAGCAUGUGGUUGAGGAGGAUUAG